AUGGAUUUCAUCAAGACCAGUUCCCUGCGUGCUCUGAUUGAGUUAACUUUCCAACGCAACUGGAAUGGCCUAAUUUGGAUGAGUAGAAAAGGAGUUACAACCAAAAGAGUGAAGACUGUCCAGACGGCUCUAUCGAGAAUCAGCGCCCAACCGCGCAGUCCGGCUGGCCGAGAAACAUGUUCCGCGCUCGGCCAAAGUCAUAUCCGUCCGUCUGAAGUCUCGGCCAAAGUCCAAACCGACCGGCCGAUCACGCAACACGACCCGGGAAACAUUGUCCCGCGGUCGGCCACGCACAACGCACGCCACGCCGCGCACGACCAAAGCCGCGCGAGCCGGGAACAAGCCUCGCGGCCGCGCAACCCGUUCGCGUACCACGGCCGAUGCAUCCGUCCGAGCCGGGAAAGAACGUCCCGCGUCCGGCCGAGAACAUCGGCCAAAUCUCAUCCGCCGACCACGCCGGCCGACCGUGAAUCCAUCCGGCCACGACCGUUCCGACUCGGCCACGACCCGACUGUCCGGCCGAUCGUCCCGACCGACCGUCCCAACGCCGCGGUCGACCCGAAGCCCGUUUUGAAGCCCAAACUUUCAUAUUUUCAAGCCCGGCUUAACCCUAAGCCGCCUCUAAAAGACCUAGCACUAUAUAUAUAUUUUUAG